CCAGUGUGCCUUCUCGUUCGGGGUUGGGAAGAGCAGGCGUGGUCGGGAGCGUCUCUGUCCUGAGCAGCCCGUCUGUGGGGAAACGAUCAGUUUUCUUUUCCGCCUCUGUCCUCGGAGCCAAAGGGAGAGGUUUGGCCACGAAGGGAUGCCUGUCUGGUGAUCCGGGGCUGGAAGCGGCAGGCCGUGGAAAAAAGAAGGAGCGAAGGUUGGAAAAGAAAGAAGAGAAGCGCCGGGAGCAACCUGCCAAAAUGUCUAGCAAGAAAGAGAAUGCACACAAGAAAUGGAGCGUCUUGAAAGAAAAGCUGGGCUCCCAGGAUUCGGAUCAAACAGAAGCCAAUCUAGAAAACGCAGAGCCAGAGCUCUGCAUUCGCCUCUUGCAAAUCCCUUCGGUGGUGAAUUACUCAGGGCUCAAGAAACGGCUGGAAAGUAGUGAUGAUAGCUGGAUGGUCCAGUUUUUGGAACUCUGUGGACUGGAUCUUCUGUUAGAAGCCUUAGACAGACUGUCGGGGAGAGGAGUUUCUAGAAUCUCAGAUGCCCUCCUGCAGUUGACAUGCAUCAACUGUGUGCGGGCCGUAAUGAAUUCUCAGAAGGGCAUUGAAUACAUCGUUAGCAAUGAAGGUUAUGUCAGGAAACUCUCUCAAGCACUGGACACUUCAAAUAUCAUGGUCAAAAAGCAAGUGUUUGAACUCCUGGCUGCUCUCUGCAUUUAUUCAUUUGAUGGCCAUGUACUGGCUUUGGAUGCUCUAGACCAUUACAAGACUGUGAAAAACCAACAGUAUCGGUUCAGCGUCAUUAUGAAUGAGCUCUCGGUCACAGACAAUGUGCCCUACAUGAUAACGCUCUUGAGUGCCAUCAAUGCAGUUAUACUGGGAACAGAGGAACUGAGAGGGAGGAUGCAGCUCCGGAAUGAGUUCAUUGGUCUUCAGUUCUUGGAUAUUUUAAGCAAACUACGGUGA